AUUAUUGUCAACUCGCUCUGGACCCCAACACAGCAAACAGAAACCUCCAUCUGUCUGAGGGGAACAGAGUGGUGACAUGGAAGAGAGAGAUACAGUCAUAUCCUGGUCACCAGGAGAGGUUUGACUCACUCCAACAAGUGCUGUGUACAGAGGGUCUGACUGGGUGCUGCUACUGGGAGGUUGAGUGGAGCGGGCAAGGGGUAGCUAUAGCCGUCACAUAUAAAGGAAUCAACAGGAAAGGAGGAGGUAACAACAGCGGGCUUGGAUUCAAUGACAAGUCCUGGCGUUUGUACUGCUCAGGCUCCAGUUACUCAUUCCGGCACAAUAAGGAAAAAACUGCAGUAUCAGGCCCCCCCUCCCCCAGGAUAGGAGUGUACCUGGAUCACAGGGCAGGAACUCUGUCCUUCUACAGCAUCUCUGACACAGUGACCCUCCUGCACAGGGUCCAGACCACAUUCACUGAGCCCCUCUAUCCUGGGUUUUAUCUCCAUGGGAGUACAGUCGAACUGUGCUGACAAGAUUAACAGGCUGUUAAAAGUAUCCCAAAAACAAUUAUCUAAAUGACUAAUACUACAAAACAUGGUUAAUGGCUAUGAACAGUUUGCUGCCGACUACAGAAUGGACCUUCAUUUUACCCCAUUGAGCCCUAUAACUGCGCCAUCUGGGAUUAUAAAGACAGAAGCAGGUAGUGAUUCCAGGAGAUCAGUGCACAGAUCAAGCCAAGGUGUGUCCUCCAGCAC